CCAAGUGCGCAGAAUCGGAACCACUCGUCAAGAGGAAUCCGAGCGAGUUGUUGCAUAUCGGCAGGCAGCCGAGAAGAAAAGUCUCUGGCAAAACCAACUCUUCCAUGAGAUUUUCCGAACGAUGGCUGUUGUUUCCACUUUUACAAGACAAAACUGUCAAAAAUCAUACAAAAUCUUCUAAAUUGUAGCUUAAUUUUACACUAGUUUUACAGUGCAGUAGUUAAACCGUGCAACGGUGUUGAUAGUGUCACAGAAAUUUAGGCGUAAAUGUUAGAUUUGUGGAGAAGAAAAUUGUACCAAGAUCAAUCGCUACUGUUAAGGGAUAAGACGGAAAAAUCUACUUUUCCGUAGUUUCCGCAUGUUUUAGGCGUAAAGUGUUUUUGGAAUUAUCUUCCACUUCAAGGCACAUAGUGAUUUUUCGUGCACCAAGUUACUAUCAAUCAAGGAUCGAAGCUCAUGAAGCCCAGCAAAAAACCCCAGAAAUCGAUUGCUGGUUUGUUGUUUUUGCAUGGAUCACAUCGAUAAGGAGGAACAACACAACCAGAGAAAAAAACGCGAGUCAAGGAUGAAACUUUGCAGAAUUGAUAGCAAACGAGGAAUUGUUGCAGCAUUGUUCCCCCUUCAGAGCAGAGGCGCAUUUAGAUUGCAGUUAGGAGCAACCCGUUGAAGUUGGUGCGUUUGGUUAGAUUCGAACCCCUCCCGGAAACGACACACUAUGGAUGCCGGUGUGCUUAUUGCCUGCCUGGCUUUGAUGGGGACGUUGCUGAUUGUGCUGAUGCUGCUGUGUCGAUUGGUUCAGCCGUACGACAUUGCCUGGUUUCUGUCCAAUCGGGAGGAUAAACUCAACCUGUCCAAAAUGAGGCUGUACAACGCAAAUGGAUAUCUGAUGCAUUCCGGCUCGGAGAUCUAUCUCGGCUCAACGGGAAGCUUCCAACGCUUCGACUCCGUGGACCGUGACUACAAACCUCAGUACGGCCAAGGAUCUGGUCUAACCGUCCCACCGUGGCGCACAUCAUCAACCGAAGAAGCGGAAAUACCUCCCCAACCACUGAGACCAGCACCCUCUCCCAAGGAACCUAAACUGACCCGAGAAAAAGCAAUCCAUAAGCAAACAUCGGAGCCCAAGCCUCCAACCGGAGCAAUAAUCAUAUCCCCAAUACCGCGUCCCGUCCCACGUAAGCAACACUCGGCCCCGAUAUCAUUUCCACUGCCAGUACUAAGCUCACCCCGAGAAAAGCGCUUCCACAACGAACCCCACAUCUGCACCAAUCCCUUCCUCAACGAACCACCCCUCAAAGAGGAAAGCGAUCCCCUUGUACCACCCCCAUCGCUACCUCCUCCCCCUCCACCACUGGAACAACCCCCUGAACCACCGUUCCUCCAGCGGCUCAUCCGAUCCGCCAACAAUCCUUUCCUGUCCUUCACGGACACCCGAAAGCCCGAAGAGGAAUGCAUUUUCAACUUCGAACCCGCUACGGUUCAGUCGGUCUUCGCCGAUGAAGACCCCCUGCGAAGGGCGGAGAAACGUCUCUCCAAAAUGGAAAACCUCCGCAAAAUGUCCCGUCUCAUCGAGAGCAAUCAAGUCCUGCUGAACAUCUAUCAACAGUUCAACAACACCCUUGGUCCAUCCCAGGAUGGCGAACCAACUCCACCUGCUUCAGCUCGCCCCCAACCUCCUCCAACACGGAUCACUGGACCCUCUUCAUCCUCAUCCACGUCCCCUCUCAUUUCUCCGAAACUUCUGGAACCCACUUCCCAUCCAAUGCCACCUCGAAUAUCCCCUCCUCCGUCAUGUCCACCGAACCUACCAACUGUCCGACCAGACCACAGCAAGUACCAAGAUUCUCCACGAACGGACGUAGUCGACAACAUCCGGAUACCGACGGUGUCCAACAGCAUCAAACAUAUCCUCCGGAAUCGAUCCUUCUCGGAGACGGAGUUCAGCGAACGGAAACUGAUCAAGAGCUUCGCCAUCGUCGCCGGAGAAACUGACCAAGGCCUAGGCGCCAGCAGCGGUACCUCACCUCCGCCUCCACCCCUGGUGAAGAACUCAUCCUACAAAGACCUGGGUCGAUACUACGGAACAGCACAGCAGAACCCAUUUGGAGGCGAAUCGGUCCUACAGAAGACCGUAUCGGAGUCGUUCCUCGAGCGGUAUUCGCUGGGGAGGGACGCGUACGAUUCGGAAGUGGCUGGACCUGGUGGGAUGCCAGCGAUGGUCGGUGCGACGGCAUUCAACAGCGCCAGUUCAGCCGAUCGGCUACGAUCGGUGAUGCCGUCGACCUCCAGCGAAUCCGUGGCGUCACAGUCGUCGGUGAUCUUCAGCGAUCUGGAACCGAUCCAGGCGAUUACCGGGUAUCUUUGCGUGGGAUUGCAGUAUGAUAAAUCCAGUACGACAAUCGAAGGCAUGGAGCUGCUGGUGACAAUACAGGAAGCGAAACAGCUGGUUGGUCCUCCGGGCGUUGAUAUGGAUACGUUUGUGAAGGUGUUUAUCGUACCUGAUGAGAGCAAGGUGCUACAAACUAAGGUGUGCAAGGCCUCCAACUAUCCUAGUUAUCAGGAAACUUUUAGUUUUUGGAUCACCCAUAAGAGUAUUCGACGAUCACUUUGGUUCCAUGUGUAUCAUACGAGUGCGACGGAGCAAACCCUAAUUGGUGAAUGCGAGAUGCAAAUCAACGAGAACAUCAGCCGGCCGAUGACGACGUGGCUCAAACUGGUGGACUCCAGCCACAAAAAGACCCAACUGGGCGAGUUGAUGUUCUCCCUCAGUUAUCUACCGACGGCGGAACGGCUUACGGUGGUAGUCGUCAAGGCCCGUAACCUUAACCUCAAAACCCGGACCAACCGACCAAUUAGAGGGCAGCAACAACAGCAGUUAGUGCAGCAAAAUGCUAUCGAUGAGGGUGGUGAACCGAUGGCCGAUGAUAGCCCGAUGAUGGAGGUAGAUUCCAGCGAGAGUAUCUUUGUGAAGGUGUACCUGCUGAAGAACGACAAGAAAGUUUCGAAGAAGAAAACUUCCGUCAAACGAGGAGAACGAUCACCCAUCUACAACGAGGCGAUCAUCUUCAGUGUUCCGCCGUACAUGCUGAACUCGGUCCAGAUCCGCCUGUCGGUAGUGCAAAUGACCAACCGGGAUAGCAGCGGCAGUACCAAUCUUAUCAACAACAACAACAAUAGCAACAAUCUGAUAAACCUGUAUGACAAUAGUACCAACAGUAGUAGCGGUAGCAGCUUGAACCGUAAGCCCAGUACGAAGCUGGUCUCGAUUGGGCACGUUAUCGUGGGCAGUGGCACCACGGGGAAGGGGCUGCGGCACUGGCACCAGAUGUUGACCACACUGCGGAAGCCGGUGACCAUGUGGCACGCGCUAAAGACCACUUCCGAGCGGAAGCGCAGGAAGUUGUCGGGCGAGUCGGAGCAGGAGCAGGACAGUGGAUAGAGAUAAUAAUCGGAGCAGGGCAAUCGCAGUAGGCGAUCUAAAUAGGCGUUACUGUUUAUGAUAAUAAUGGUAAUACAGUAAUAAAUUGAAACACUUACCUACAAUGAUAAAGUUAUAGCUAAAAGCUGUUGAAGAAUAACAAAAGAGAAGUAUUAUAAGUAAAACAAAUCGUUAGAUAAGGGAUAAAUUUCGUAUAUACCGUAUUUUCAUCGUCGCCAAAGUUAUAUAUACAAUACAUUAAUGAUGAAGUAAUAAACAGUACUUACGUUAGCACUAACAACAGAUACGAUCUAGAGCGUUGUCUCGAAACGUUUAGGGAAAAUCUACUACUAUAGCUCUUCUCGUCGUAAGUAAACGACAAAUUUGCAAAAAUAACAACAAGAACAACACACAAUGACAACACUAUUCUAACAGAACUGUUAACUUUUAUCAAUGGAAAUAGAAUUCAGCAAAGAUCGGCUUAGUUAUUGAAUCGUUAUUUGUUUUCUCUACUUCAUGUAACCCUCUUACAGAAAGCCGGUAAAAACAGUCUGUUUUGGAUAUCUGCAGUUCAUAUGAACUCCAAACUACCGAAUGUGCACCUAGUUGGCACUUGUCUCGAGUAUACCAAAGUGGCGAAUCCUUGUCGUUUUGACAGGUCUCCUGCUCGAUUGGAACUAUGGAGAUGACAGCAAAUGGACUGUUCCAAUUUUGACGUUUCUUCUCUUUGUUUUAUCCAGGCUCGUUAGUGGGUACUACCUACACACACUCUCAAUGAAAAGAGUCAUCUCUAUGUUUCCGUACUUGUAAUGAAAAUGUAUUUUAGGGAAUCUCAAUAGAGAUGAACCAGCCAAGGGCUGAAAGUCUCUCAAAUAAAGAUAAAUCAAUCAAAUCAGGGAAUCUCAAUGGCGUUAGGGAAGUUAGUGGGGGGUCUCAGGGCCGUUUCAGGGAGUCCCAAGAGGGAGGGUUUCAGAGAGGUUUCAGGGGUGCUUUGGGGGGGUCUUCAGGGUUUCAGGGGAUCUCUAGGACGCUUUAUACUAUUCAAACGCUCCUGGUAUCCCCGUAAUCCCUAUAAAAUAGGCCCCUGAUAGCCCUCUGAAUCGUUGAAUCGCUCCUGAAACUCCUUAAACGCCCUUUAACGACUCCUGAGACUCCUCCCCUGAAUCGACCAUAAUGCUUGCCCUAAAGCCACUUGAAAUGUCCUCGAAAUCCCCGUAAUACUAUUGAAAUGUCGUUUCAAUGGGAUAA